AUGUAUUCGUAUAAAACUUUUGAAAGCUUGUAUCCUUUGACCAACGGCUAUAUUGAUUUUUGUAAUGAUAAAUAUAAACCAAAUAUUAUAUGUAUUGGGACAACUCUUUCUAAAGUUACAUUAAGUUGUGAAUCAAAAACAAAGUUUUAUUAUUCCGAUUUAAAAAAUUUUACCUCUUUAGAUUUCUUUAGGGCAAAUGAUUGUAAAUACGAUUUCAGUGAUUUCGGUGAUGAGGGAAAUUCUCUAUCAAAUAAAGGAAUUAGUAAAGAAUUAUAUUUAAAUGGAAUUACUUUAGACACUUCAUUUAGUGCAGCAAGCAUACUACCUUUACCGACAAAUAAACUCACACUAAAUAAUAAAGAUACAGAAACUAUUGAAAUUAUUAAUUUUUCAUUUUUUAAAAAUAUUAAAGACUUCACCUAUUUAUUCAAUGGAACAAUAAAUACUUAUAUACCAACAUAUAAUAAUGAUUUACUUUCUAAAAAUUUAAACUUAGCUUUCAAUUCAUUAAAAAUAACUUUAUUUACAGGUUUUGAUAAAACUACAUUAUCAAAUAUACAAACUAUUUCAAAUGUUAAAACAUUUACCCUAGAAUUCCCUAUCGACCCAAUUGAAUUUCCUGCUCAAUUAACAUCAUUGAAUAAUAUUAAUAAUGUGGAAAUAAAAGGUAAAUUUAAUAAAAUUAAUAAUAAGAUGGAUCUAUCAAGUAGUUUAAAUUUAAUUAAGUUAAAUAUAAAAUCUAAUGAUAAUAUUUUUAACUAUAAUGGUGAAGUACCAUUUUCAAACUACCCAACCUCUUUAAAACAAUUAAUUUUAGAAAACGUUGGUUUAACUAUAUUCCCUACAAUUUUAAACUCCAUCAUUUUUUUAGAUAUUGGUUAUAACUCAAUUACAGGACCAUUACCAAAUAUUAGCGAAGGAAAUUUGAUAGAUUUAGUUUUAAAUAAUAAUAAAUUUACCGGAACUGUACCAACAUCAUUCUGCUCACUAAAUAUUCAAACUCUCAAUCUAGCAAAUAAUGUUGGAUUAGCAUUACCUUUACCAAACUGUUUUGAAUGCUAUAGAAGAACAUUAAAUAAUUACUACAAAACAUCUUUUGCUGGAAUUUCUGAAAUUAUAAACUAUUUAGAUAAUUUACCAACUAAGUCAUGUGGAUUAAUUUUUCCAACUAUUAAUUAUAGCUCAACUUCAAAAACUAUAACUUUAUCAGGUCAAAAUUUAGGAUUUACAAACCCAAUUGGUAUAUAUUCAGAUUCAAAUUUAAAUUCGUCUAUUACUUUUAAACCAGUUAAAUACUCAUCUCUAUUUACCGCUCAAUGGGAUAAAAGUGGACCAUUACCACCAACAAUGGUAUUUAAUUUCGAUGGUGAUGACUAUACAGUUUCAACUGGAAACUACAAGCCUAUAGUAAAAAGUGUUACUAAAUCAUCAAAUACAUUUACAUUCAAUGGAUCAUUCUUUAACUAUGAUACCACCCUUAUUAGUAUCUCUUUGGGCGGCAAUGAACAUGUACCAAAUAUUUACUGUCAAGUUUUAACAUCCACUUUUGAAACUAUUUUAUGUAAAGUGGAUGAAAGUAUACAAGCCAUACCAAAAGAAGAAAAUCUAAUAAUAAUUGUUAAAGUCGACCAACUUUCUACCCAAAUUACCUUUGAUUCAAAUAGAGAUACCACCCAAAAUGUUAACUAUUGCCCAACUAGUUGCCAAAAUGGAGGUAUUUGUUUAACAUCUACCUCAGAAUGCCGAUGUACCGAAGAUUGGCAAUCUAUAGAUUGUAGUUUACCUUUAAAACCAUGUCCAAACAAUUGUAGUUAUUCUUCAAGUAAAGGCUGGUGCGAUUCUGUCAAAGGAGAAUGCUCAUGUGACCCUCUAUACACUUAUUAUGAUUGUUCUAAACCCAAUCACUAUGCUCAAUUCAUAUCAUCUCCAUUGACCACUGGUGGCGAAGUUAUAAUAACUGGUUGGUUUGGUGAUGUACAUGAAAACUUAACAAUUUUAGUUGAUAUAGACAAUUAUUGUGAAAUUAAAAAUGUAACAAACUCAAAAAUAACAUGUACUAUAGGCCCAGGCGAAGAAGGAACUAAACCAAUACAUAUAACACAAAAUAAUAUAACUCGGUCAAAUAAUAACCUAUUCAAAUAUAAAAGUAUUUAUUCAGGAAGUCAAAGUAGUAAAGAAAAUAGUAGCAAUAACAACAGUAAUAGUAGCAGUGGUGUUAAAAAUGAAAGUAGUAAUAGCGGACUAGAAGAAUCAGAGCAAUACUAUGAAGAGGGCUCAAAUAAAAAAUCAUGGGUGUUGCCUGUUGCUAUCGUUGUACCGAUUGGUGCUGCUGCAAUUGUUGGUGGUUUGGGUUUCUUUAUUUAUAAAAAACAAAAAGAUGAUCCAUCAAAAAAAAGUUCAGUUUUAUCAGGAACAGAUUAUUUAAGUAUUUACCAAAAUGAACCAGCAGAUAUUUGUUCUCAAAAUAAAGCAUUUUUAAAAGUUACAUGUAUUGGUGAUACUAUUGACACAUUAUAUAUUACAGCAGCAUCACAAUCAGCCGAUUUAGAUUACAGUAGUUUCAAAGCAUUUAAACUUUCAUACCUGGAAUUAAAUGGUUCAAAUUAUGGUAUGAGGUUUACUAAAGAUUCUUUUGGAGAUAAAUCUGAUCCAACUAAAACCGGUGUUACCAAAGCAUUAAAUUUAAUUAAUUGUAGAAUGAGCGACAUUGCAACUCUUCCUUCACCAACUUCAAAUUUAACAUUAAAUAGUUUAGAUCCUCAACCUUCUAUUAUCAAUUUUAGUAUUCUUGAAAACAUAUUGGAUUUCUAUAUUUCAACAUCCAAUGUUCCAUCGUUUGAAUCAUAUGCAAUUAAAGAUUUGUACAUGAAUUUAAUUGGAAAUUUUGAUUCAGCCUCACUUACAAAUUUAAACACAUUAGGAGGAUCAGAAUUAAUUAAUUUAGAUGUAGCUUUUGGUAAUAUCGAUUUCCCAACUUUUAAUUUAGAUAAAACUACACAAUUAACAAUAAAAGGAAGUUUUAAUGUACCAACUGAAGAAAUUGAUUUAGCUGGUAUCCCAAAAUUACAAAAGUUAUCAAUUGAUUCAAAUUCAGCAACUUUUAAUUUUAACAAAAAAAUACCAUUUAAAAACUUACCAUCAACACUAACUUAUUUAUCAUUAGCAUCAAUUGGAAUUACAAUUUCACCAGAUAUUAGCUCAACAAAUAUUGUAGAUUUAAAAUUAAUUAAUAAUGGUUUAACAUCAGUCCCAGAAUCAUUUUGUCAAUUAAAUAUUCAGACAUUAGAUCUAUCAGGUAAUACUGGUUUAGUAACACCCUUACCAGAUUGCUUUAGAUGCUAUAAGAGAACAUUGGGAAGUUAUUAUAAAACAGCCUUUGAUGGUGCAACAAAUAUUAUUAAUUGGGUAAACUCUGCUUCCAUUGAUGUAACAGCUUGUGGAAAAAUUCAACCAACAUUAGAUUAUAAUUCAAAUAACAAAGAGUUCACAUUAUCCGGAAAUAAUUUAGGUUUUAUCAAUCCAACAGCAGCAUAUAUAGAUCAAAACGGCUCAGAUAAGACAAUUCAAUUUAAUGCAGUCAAAUAUUCAACCCUAUUUAAAACACAAUGGACAAGCGACUGGAAACCAGGAUAUUUCUCAAUUGGUUUUGAUAGUGAACAAUAUAAAGUUGCAACAUCGAAACAAAAUCCAACUGUAGAAACAGUAUUAAGAACCGAUAAUACAUUUUUGUUUAUGGGUUUAUACUUUGAAUAUUAUUUACCAUCGGUAGUUCAAAUUACUUUUACCAAUAAUGAUGGAGCUAAAGUCGAUUGUCAAAUUUUAAGCUCAUCAUUUGAUGCCAUCGAAUGUCAAAUUAGCCAAGAUUUAGAUAAUAAUGAAAAUAUGGUAGUAAUCGUUAAAGUAGACGACCUUUCAACUCAAAUUACGAUUAACUCAACAUCAGAAACCGAACAAACUUUAAUUCCCUGUGAAAAGCCAUGUAUGAAUCAAAAGAUUUGCAUAUCAUCAAUUGGUCAAUGUGAUUGUGGUGAUGAUUAUCAAGGUGUAGAUUGUUCAAUCCCAUACUUUUUAUGUCCAGGUGAUUGUAGUGGUCCUUCCAAUGGUAUUUGCAAAAAUGAAACUGGUACCUGUGAUUGUAAUGAAUUUUAUACCACUGAAGAUUGCUCAAUUCCAAAUCAUUAUGCCUCUCGUUUUUCAACUCCAACAGUAUUAGGUGGUGAUAUUAUAAUAGAUGGUUGGUUUGGUUUUAUUCACGAAAAUUUAACAAUUUCAAUUGGAAAUCAAAAUUGCACACUCAACAAAUUCAAUGAUUCAUUUAUAAAUUGUACUAUUGGUCCAGAAACAGGUUUCCAAGAUGUAAAUAUUACCCAAAAUGGUAUAGAAUGGUAUAGUAAAGAUCGUAUAAAAUUUUUAGGCACAAAAAAAUAUGAAGAACAAACCAGUUGGAUUUUACCAGUAGCAAUCGUUUUACCCUGUACAGUCAUUGUAGUCGCCAAUAUUAUUGGUAUAAUAUAUGUAUAUAAAAGACAUAAAAUUAAUUUAUUUUUCGAAAAAAGAAAAAAAAGGGUUGUAACUUUGGAAAAUAUGUAUUAA